CUUGCCUACCUUCUCGCGCUCGCCUCUGCACAAGUCAACCGCACCCUUACCAAUGGCUGGGGCUCCACACCCUCGGACAGACACUACAUCAACGAAACCCAAGCCCAAGCCGUCAUAACCGCCGCCAUCGCCAAGUCCUACGAGAUCGGCGUCCCAAACAACAUCGCCGUCGCCGACCCCUCGUCGCAACUCGUCGCCUUCCUCCGCAUGGACAACGCCUUUCUCGCUUCCGCCGACAUUUCCAUCAAAAAGGCCAAGACCGUGACCCUCUUCAAUGGACUCUUCCCUUCCUCUGGGAUCUACAACCGCUCGCAGCCAGGUGGAGAUUUAUGGUCGAUUGUGGAGACGAAUGGAGGGCUGAUUGCUUUCGGGGGUGGGGUUCCGAUUUUUGAUCAUCAGGGGUAUUGGAUUGGGGCGGUGGGGGUUAGUGGUGGGAGUGUGGAGCAGGAUGUUAUGGUUGCUACGGCGGGAGCGGAGGCGGUGGGG